AUGCGGGCUUUAAGAAACCAGUCGUUUGAGGAUGGCUCCUCCAAAGGACAACACCAAGAAGGCGCAACAGAAAGCUGCCCGAAGGGAACUCCAACAGAAAAAGGCCGCUGCGAAGGAGCAGAAAAAGAAGCAAAAGAAAGCGGUGACUUCUUGCUUUUUGGGGGGGAAAGUUAUGACGGCAAGAAGGUCCGUGUAUAUGGAGAUCUUUUCAAGUGGGAUAUGGACAAGGCAGAAUGGCGUCGCCUUGACGCGCCCGAAAUGCCGAAAGCCCGGUGCUCUCACCAAGCCGUAUACCACAAAUGGAGGAAGAUCGAGUUCCCACCGCAUAGUCACAUUCCAGAGGCUCGGGGCGGAUGCGUCUUUGUCGUCGUUGGAGAUGUUAUCCUGCUCCAUGGUGGCUUUGCAAAGAUCAGGGAUACGAACAAACGUGUUCAGGGCAAGAUAUUCACGGAUUCUUGGCUUUUGGACUUGAAACCACUGGCUAAAGGAGCACUAACGCAGAUCCCUACGUGGGAGAAAAUCAAGAAUAGCGGUACUCCGCCAUCACCAAGAACGGGAAUGUGCGCAACGGCGUACAAGUCCACCGUUAUUGUUUUCGGCGGCGUCGCGGACCAAGAUGAUGGAGGGACAAAUCUAUCGUCCGUUUUCUUCAACGACAUGUAUUCAUUUGACGCCACGAAGAGGCGUUGGUACCGCCUUGAGCUUAAGACUGGAAAAAAGGGGGGAUCAAGGAAGCGUACUCCCAAGCAGGUUGAACACGACGUUGGUCAUUUACAUCUGGGUGAAGAGGAACGUACCUGCAAAAGUGAAACCAGCGAAGAAUCUUCUGAUGAUGAAGAAAACUGGCAAAACACGUUUGCUUACUUUGACACGAAAGGCCGGUUGGUUAAGCUACGGCUAGAGGAUCUGCCAGAGGUUAAUCGAGCCUCGGCGACGCGUUCAGAUGCUACCCUCCGACAGAGCUCACCAGGAUGCCCCAAUAAACCCGACGGAGCUUUAUCUAAUCACGGCAGCGAGAGCAGCACUUACACAAGCAGGGCAGCGUGUGAUGGGCCUAAGGACCGUACACCUAGUGGUACCUUGGCGCCAACUAAGCCCCCUGAGCCCACUGAACCUGACAGGGGGGCUCAGCACACAGACAACAAAAUUGCUGAAGCACCACAGAGCGCGGCCUUAGCUGGGCCUUUUGAAGUUUCGAAGACCCCUUCGCUGUUUUCAGCUGAUGUACCCCUUCCGCGACUUCAUGGAAUGAUUUGUGUGAGGGGUUCCAGCUUGGUUUUGAUGGGGGGCUUAAUGGAGCUGGGGAGUAAGGAAAUAACCCUAGAUGACUGCUGGAGCCUUAACAUGAAUAAGAGAGACCGCUGGGUCCGUGUACUGGAGGGCACGAUGCAUGAACAAGAGUGGCAAGGAGCAGAAAGCGAAGCUGAGAGCAGCGGUGGAAGCGACAGCGGGGAUGAUAGCAGCAACAGUGAUCCAGGAAGCUCCGAAAGUGAUGAAGACGACGAUGAAGUGUCAAGUUCCGAUGAAGAAGGACCAAAACAUGUAACCAACAAAGAACGGAAACGGUAUCGUGUCAGGGAAGAGAUGCAGCAACUGCGGGAACGGUACGGCCUUGACGAUCCGAUGGAAACCCCUGCGGAAGGCGAGUCUCUGCGUGACUUUUUUGAACGGACCAAAGAAUAUUGGGUCCAAAAAGCACGUGCUGGAGGAUGCAGUGCGAAGAACAACAAGGAGAUGACGCGGGAAGCUUUUGAGGCGGCUUCCGCUCGCGUCUCGGCUAUCCGAGAAGCACUCCGCCGAAUGGAUGAGCUGCAGCGUUUAGAUGGUGACCAAUCCGAAGAGCGCGAAUCUCGCCCACAUGGCAACCCGAAGGCGUCCACAGCGAGGAAUCUCACUUAG